CUGCGGGCCGCUCCGGCGGUGCAAAGCAGCGCCUCGCUGCCCUGCCACGCCGCUGCAUGGACAGCCAACACAAUGGCAGAAGAUUUGGGGGUGCAUCUGUUUAUAGCAACAACAGAUAGCAUGGAUAAUCCCGCCUCAACCGAUUCAGCUCUCGUCGUUACGAUGAUUAGAGCGCCGCUGUCGGCUCGCUGGGCAUGAUAGGCAGGAGAGAGAGCAGUGCGGGAGCGGGGUUUCUCGUUUUGACAGUACUUUUUGAGAGGGAAACGCAAAGAAGCGUGGAACAGGUGGACUGUGGCUUGGGGUCCUUCAAAAUGGAUAUAGAUCCCUGUUUGCGGUAUUAUUUCCAGCACCCCUGGUCUCGUCUGUUUGUGGCCUACCUCGUCACUUUCUGCAACUUCCUUAUCUUUGCUGAGGACCCUGUCUCCCACAGCCAGACAGAGGCUCACAUGAUCGUGGUGGGAAACUGCUUCUCCUUCAUAGUGAACAAGUACCCUGGUGGAGGAUGGAGCGUCCUCAAAGUCAUUUCGUGGCUGAUGGCCAUUGUCACCGGAAUGUUUGCCGGGAAGUUCAUAUUCCACCGCAGGCUCUUUGGUCGAUAUCUGCGUCUGAAAAUGUUCCGUGAGGAUCACGGCUCCUGGAUGACCAUGUUCUUCAGCACCAUCCUCUUCCUCUUCAUCUUCUCACACAUCUACAAUGUGAUCCUUCUAAUGGCAGGAAGCAUGGGGCCUCACAUGGUGACAGAGUACAUGGGUAUCAGGAACGAGAGCUUCAUGAAGAUUGCAGCAGUAGGGACGUGGAUGGGGGACUUUGUGACUGCAUGGAUGGUCACAGACAUGAUGCUCCAGGACCAGCACUACCCAGACUGGGGCAAAGCUGCCAGAAGGUUCUGGAAACAAGGCAACCACAGGAUCGUCCUCUUCUGGACGGUCCUGAUCACUCUGACAUCGGUGGUUUUGUUAUUCAUCAGCACUGACUGGAUCAGCUGGGACAACCUGAACCGGGGAUUUCUGCCCAGCGACGAGGUCUCCAGGGCCUUCCUGGUAUCCUUCAUCCUGGUCUUUGACCUGCUCAUUGUCAUGCAGGAUUGGGAUUUUCCUCAGUUCAUGGGCGACCUGGAUAUGAACCUGCCUGGCAUGUCCACCACUCAGCUCAAGUUCAAACUUCCUGUCUGCAAGAGCAUCUUCAAAGAGGAAUACCACAUCCAUAUCACAGGUAAGUGGUUCAACUACGGCAUCAUCUUCCUGGUGUUAAUCCUGGACCUGAACAUGUGGAAGAACCAGAUCUUCUACAAGCCCUACGAGUACGGCCAGUACGUUGGUCCAGGGGAGAAGAUCUUCACUGUGGAGGAGCCCAACACACUGGGCGACUUCAACCGCAGCACGCUCACCUACAAGUGGCGCUCCAGCCACGUGGACCCGCUGACCAACCGCUCGUAUGUCCAUCGGGACAUGUUCCUGCAUAGCCGCUACGUGGGUGCCAGCCUGGAAGUCAAGUGCCUGGCCUUCAUUCCCAGCCUGGCUGCCUUUGUCCUCUUCGGCUUCUUCAUCUGGCUGCUGGGACGUUUUCAGGACAGCGAGACCUUCCCGGAGGGCCAGGUGGACAAGACGUACGAGAGGAUCAAGAGGAAGUCUCCGUCUGAGUAUAGUAAGGACAUGGGACUCACGCCAGAGGAGGUGCACAUCUCUAUGAGCGAGGCGCUCAAACGUUCCGGAACCCCCAUGCUGCUAUCGGUGGACGGGCAUCAUUUUGCUCUGCACUCUGCCACCUCCACCAACUCCACUUCGCCUGUUUCCAUGGAGACCCAGGAGACGCAUCCCAGCAUUGUCAUCGAAGGCACGGAGCCAAGAGAGCCGGCGGUUUCCUUUGAUGUCGGUAAACUGUCACCGCCCUGACCUUACUGCCCUGAGGGGAAGUACUGCUAUGCUUCUACUGACAGACACACAGCCUGGAGGGAGGAGAGGAGACACAGGAGAGAGACUAAACUGUCACCGCCCUGACCUUACUGCCCUGAGGGGAAGUACUGCUAUGCUUCUACUGACAGACACACAGCCUGGAGGGAGGAGAGGAGACAAAGGAGAGAGACCAAACUGUCACCGCCCUGACCUUACUGCCCUGAGGGGAAGUACUGCUAUGCUUCUACUGACAGACACACAGCCUGGAGGGAGGAGAGGAGACACAGGAGAGAGACCAAACUGUCACCGCCCUGACCUUACUGCCCUGAGGGGAAGUACUGCUAUGCUUCUACUGACAGACACACAGCCUGGAGGGAGGAGAGGAGACACAGGAGAGAGACCAAACUGAAACUCAAUUUCAGUCUAGAUCUUUUUCAGUCUGGGUAGAUUUUGAACCCAACACUGAUUAUUCCUGGAGCAGGAGGAUGUAGCUACAAUGGCCACUUUGUUUUGCUACUGUGAUAUCCCUGAUGGCAUUUUAUUAUUAUUAUUUAUUUGAAUUGUAAAACCUCUAAGCUGACACCAACACAAUGACAAACAGCUUAUUUUAACCUCCCUCACUGUAAAGUUCUAUUGUCAACAUGGUGCUCUCGUUAGAUUUGACGUUUUUACAAUAUCAAGAUGUUUUCUCUUUUAUCGUGACAUAUUUUGGUGCCUAUGUGGGGAACUAUUUCUACAGUCGAUGUAUGACACAAUGGUCAUGGCUAGUUUAUAUUGUACAACUUGAGUAUUACAGUUGAAGAGGUGCCUUGAUAAACCCACGCCCAAUAAAGGACAGCAACAUAGUCUAUACCAUAGGCAGCAAAACACAACAUGUCUGAUAAUGUGUGUCUGUCUUGUUUAUUUCAAUGUUCCACUUCACAAUGUUGGACAAUGUUUACCCUUUCAGACUUUAUCACAGGUUUUUGAAUUAAUUUCCUAUCUUUUGAUAAUUCUUACAUAUCCCAUUUUCACGUGCCUCUUCUCUUGUAGUCAUAGAAAUGACUAGAUUGCUAAACAUCGUUAUGAUGAUGAUAAUACUAUGACCACCUAUUCAUUUUCUGGUUGUAUUAUCAAAUGCAAGAUAAAAGGCAUAAGCUAUUUUCAAAUAACAUUAAAAAGUCACCUCAUGAUCGCUUAUCUGGUCAAAAUACUCAGAUGUAAUGCCAAUUAGGUCAGAAAGGUAAUUUGCCCUUGGCGGGGUAAAUGUGCUUUUGUUUAUAGAUAGAAGGAGAGAGAAGAACACCAAAUCUAACUGAUGCACCUUACCCAUAUCAUAUCCCCCAGCAGUAUAUGUACCACAAGUAAGACCUUGGUUCGAAGCCAGUAUUGGGGUACGGAUUGGUUUGAGAGAACACAUAGAGAAUUACAGCUGACAAGCAAAAGAGAGUGGGAGUUUUUAUUAUUUAUGAGAGUUAUGAGUGUUAUUAUAUCCCAUACGUUAAGUGUGCAACUACUGUAUACCAAUGCUCUGUUAAGUGUUUUCUAACAAAGUGUUGUGCGUCUGAGUUUGUGCGCGUGUGUAUGUGUCAGAGACAGCGAGAGCUGACAAUUCUGUGAAGAGGUCAAUGUAGUUCAUGUAAGUGGCGUAUGGUCCUUGGUUCAGUGAUCCCCCUUCUACACUUUACAGGUCAGAGUCCUCAUUACAGCUCAACUUAUUUCAUUUUGGAGAUACGGCUUCGCAACAAGGCAACAAAAUGCUAUAUGUAUGGGGCAAUGGCUAAAUGAGUGUGUUUAUCUCACUAGAAGUGAUCGAGUGAUAUGUUUGUCAAAUAUUGUACUUUGGUUGGAACUGAAUGUUCCCCUGCUGUUAUACAUGGUAUUGUGUUGCAUAACUGACAGCUAUUUUGCAUUCUUGUGUGUGUGGUUUUUAAACAAAGAAUAUCUCUUUUUAAGAUGUUGACGCAAUAAAUGUCUAUAAAUGGUAUCAAUAAAAUGAAUACAUUUUGCUACAUACUAGGUUGCCGGUGCCCUUAUGAACUGAUAUACUUUGUGGGAUUGAAGAAUAUCAGUGUGAGAUAGAAUGAGGUGCCUAUCUGUUACAUAACCUCAAUGCUGAAACUAGUUCAUAUUUUAUAUACAGUAGAUAUAGCACGAAUUGACACUGUUGCCAAGC